AAGGUGGGAUUAUGUCAGCCUCUUCUUUCACUACAGCGUGAUUGGCGAAGACUGUGGCCUAUCAGGACUGGAGUCGGGGUGAGUGGGGGGACGCUUUUCUCCUGCUGCUGCUCCUGCUACUGCUGGGCCCUGCCGGGGUCGCGAAAGGAGUUUGGAGCGACCUUUGAUUUUCCUGCGGGGGUCGGGAUCGUCCCCCGCGCCCCCUCUCCGAGCUAAGUUUCUUCCCUCCGUCCUUUACGGGUUUCCUCAUGGAGACCGUCGCCUCCGUUGCUCCUGGCCCCGGAGCGGGACCGUUUCCCUCGCUUUUCCCCCCGGGGCUACACGGGAUCUACGGCGAGUGCCGGCGACUGUACCCGGAGCAGCCCAACCCCCUGCAGGUCACGGCGAUUCUCAAAUACUGGUUAGGUGGACCGGAUCCUCUGGACUAUGUCAGUAUGUACAGGAAUUUGGGAAGUCCAAAUCAAAAUGUUCCUGAGCACUGGCAUUAUGUAAGCUUUGGACUAAGUGACUUGUAUGGUGAUAACAGAGUGCAUGAGUUUACUGGACCAGAUGGGCCAAGUGGUUUUGGAUUUGAGCUGACAUUUCGACUUAAGCGUGAAACUGGGGAAUCUGCACCACCCACCUGGCCAGCAGAGUUAAUGCAAGGCUUAGCCAGAUAUGUCUUCCAAUCAGAAAAUACAUUCUGUAGUGGUGACCAUGUAUCAUGGCAUAGUCCAUUGGACAACAGUGAGUCUAGAAUCCAACAUAUGCUCCUGACUGAAGAUCCUCAAAUGCAGCCAGUUCAGACACCAUUUGGAAUUGUAACAUUUCUCCAGAUUGUUGGAGUAUGUACAGAAGAGCUUCAUGCAGCACAGCAGUGGAAUGGGCAGGGUAUAUUAGAAUUGCUUCGGACUGUUCCUGUAGCAGGAGGUCCAUGGUUAAUCACAGAUAUGCGACGUGGGGAAACAAUAUUCGAAAUAGAUCCACAUCUGCAACAGGACCGAGUUGAUAAAGGGAUUGAAACAGAUGGCUCAAAUCUAAGCGGUGUCAGUGCAAAAUGUGCCUGGGAUGACCUUAGCCGGCCACCAGAGGACGAUGAAGACAGCAGAAGUAUCUGCAUUGGUACACAUCCUAGACGAUUGUCUGGAAAAGAUACAGAACAAAUUCGAGAAACUCUACGAAGGGGACUAGAGAUUAACAGCAAGCCAAUUUUGCCACCAAUUAAUACUCAGAGGCAGAAUGGAUUGAACAGUGACAGAGCACCGAGUCGUAAGGACAGUUUAGAAAGUGACAGCUCAGCAGCAAUCAUUCCUCAUGAGUUGAUUCGCACAAGACAGCUUGAGAGUGUGCACCUAAAAUUCAACCAGGAAUCAGGAGCAUUAAUUCCACUUUGUUUAAGAGGCAGAUUAUUACAUGGUCGGCACUUUACAUACAAAAGUAUUACAGGAGAUACAGCAAUCACUUUUGUAUCUACAGGAGUUGAAGGGGCCUUUGCUACAGAGGAGCAUCCAUAUGCAGCACAUGGACCCUGGUUACAGAUCUUACUUACAGAAGAGUUUGUGGAAAGAAUGCUGGAAGACCUAGACGAUCUGAGUUCUCCAGAAGAAUUCAAGCUUCCAAAGGAAUAUAGUUGGCCUGAAAAGAAACUAAAAGUCUCCAUCUUAUCUGAUGCUGUAUUUGACAACCUACUCCAUUAAAGACAGCUGACGCCCACAAGUAGCAGCUUACUGUUUAUUGCCCAAGGACUAAUGGGAGCAUUGAGUAGAGUAAAAGUUGGUCCUCACAAUGUUGCUGCAUAAGUACAGCAGAAGAGAGGUUACUCAACAACAGUUCAGCCAGAAAUGUUCUUGUCUGGUUUUCUCCUUUUUCAUCAUGGCUGAACUCUCAGUAUCUGCAUAUGAAUGAGUACAAGGGUUAGACAGAGGAAGAAGUAUUCUAUUAUGAGUAGCAGCUUAAUACAUCUUCCACUAUUUUAACUGGCUCUAGAACUGCCUGCUGCCACCUUAGUUCAGGUUUUAUAUUCCUCAUCUGCAUUUAUUGUACACAUUUUUCACCUGUAAGCACAUAAGCACAUGUUCUCCAUAAUGCCAAAUUUCUUUUGUUAACCAAUAAUUCUCCUUGGCAGAAUUAUUCCUUUAAUGCAAGUUGCAAUUCCAAAAAGAAAGUAGGAUUCUUCACAUGUAUUGAGAGUAAAUAGAGUAAAAAUUACUCUAUUAUCUUGGCUCCAAGCAUUUCUUGUGGUUCAGCUGCAGUGAAGUUGGGCAGGUGGGUUUGGUUUCUUAGCUUAGAUUAGUUGAGUGUAGCUGAAUUUUAGGACCCAAAUUUUGAGCCCUAUAAUAAAAUAAGCCUUUCAUUUGCUUUUCUGUAAAGAAUGGAUAAUUCGUUAGUAAGAUAACAUCCAAAAACAGUUUAAUGAUAAUAAUAUCAGCAACAAUUUCCAAAUUGAGCCUGUGAAUAUUAACAGAUUUAGAAAGAAACCUAGCUGUAAUUCAGUUGGACUUAUUUCUAAAUAAAUGUAUGUUAAAUUAUAAGUUUUUAUAUAUUACUUUGAGAAUGUUUGGAGACAAUAAGCCCUCCCAAUCCUUUUCAGACACUUUAAUUGAUAAGAUAACCCUAAAUUAUUGGAUUAUAAAGCAUAUUAAAUAAUCGCUCAUUUCUUUUACUGAUGACCAAGCAAGAAAUAUGAGUGAUUAAUUUUAUAUGCUUUUCUCAUUGUACUCACUGAGCUAUAAAAUGAGUUAAUGGCUUGUCUUAUUUGUAUUAGCACUGUUAGCACUUCUGUUUUUAUGAAAAUUCCUGAUGCUGCACUCUUUCUGAAAAUUUCCACCAACUCUCUUUGUUUCAGGUCCUAGAGGUGCCCAAGAGCCUGUUUUCUUAUAUCAGCUUUGGAACAAAGCAUAUAAAACGUUUAAGUUUUGUUAAAACCAUUUCUCACUUUUUAUUAAUGUAAUAGAAUUGAAUUCUAAUGUAAAAGCCUCGAAUUUGCUCUGAUGAGUAUUGAUUGAAUCAGGCCUCUCCAGAAAUUGUAAUUCAUAUAGAAGUCUAAACUGUUUUUGAACUAUGUGAAAAUAUGUGCUUUUUACAACAGAGGUCCCCCAACCCUUGGGCUCGACCCACCACCGGGCCAUGGCCUAUUCUGAAUUGGGUUAUGCGAGUGGCUGGCCCGAGCGUGUGCAUGUAUGCACAACAACUUGCGUGAAUAGCGAGCUGGCAGGCACUCACCCACAUGUAUACCAGCCUACUGCUCAUGCAAGUCAAGCUGCGUGCCGGCCCGCUACUUGUGCAAAGCCUGUGUGCGCACACGGGUUGCCCCACGUUGGACCAUCAAGCAGCAAAGGUUGGGGACUGCUAUUUUAUAAUCUACAAAUUUUCAAUGGUCUUCAUCUGCAACUCAAAGGCUAGGUUAGAAUCACAUUGGACAAAAAAGGGAAAACUUUUUUAUGCGAUGACAUUUUGGGAAAAGAGAGAGAAAUAUACACUAAACAUGAGCUGGUCUUUAUGCAUUGUGAAAUACUGUAUUGUCAGUAAACUUUUUGGAUACUGUGAUGUAUUAACCUGAUAUUAGAGAUCAUAAAGCAAGAAGGCUUUGGAAUCUGUAAUAUAAGUGAGAGUCUUUUGGAAAGCCUAGUUCAAACUUUGUUUUGAGUAGAUAUUUAAAUAAAAUUAACAGUGUUAAAUUAAUAAUAGAAGAUUGCAAAGAUGUCCAGAGCUAACCAUAAGAUUCUCUGGAGGAAAUGCACAUGGGUGGUGCUCACAUAUACUGUGCAACCAAGAUCAUUAACCAUUAUUUGUUGAACAAGCCAGAGUCAAUUUUCUGGGUCAGCAGAGUGAUUGUGACUUUGAUCAGUUUCUUAUUUUCCCUCUAUUUCUUCUAUCAAUCAGGUGAUAUUUCAUAAUAUUCUUAACAAAAGUUAAAAAACAAGUUAAAGGUUGUGUUUGUUUGUUUGUUUGUUUAUUCAUUUGUUUGUUUGUAGGAAGAUUUGCUCUAUAAUUUGCUCUCUAAUUAAGCAAGUUGUAGCCCCAGGGCCAAGUGUGGUGCCCAGAUCUUCUUUUGAUAGCCCUCAGAUCUUCAUCCAGCUGUACUGCAAAUGUUGGCAGUACAAAUGAUGAAAAUUGCUAGCAUGGUUUCCCACCAUUUUAUGACUAAAUAUUCAUUAAAACUAGUAUAUGGUCUGUAAUACAUAAUGCAUUUUUUUAAAAAAAACAACAAAUCCCCUGCAAAAUCCAGAAAAUUCUACUUCUGCUCAUUUAUCUGAGAGCCUCAUCCACUCCUUAGCACCCCAGAAAAUAUGUAUAACUUCCAUCCUCAAAAAAGGUAGUCCUGAGGAUUUUGUGAUGAUUGUUAUAUUGGCUGUGUAAGAUUGAUGGAAUUGGCUUUGUUUACUUUUUUUUUUUGUUGGCGGUUUUGUUAGAUGUACACUAUAUUGGGUUUUUUAAAAAGAAUUUGUAGAGUUUAGAGAGCAGUUGUGUUUUGUGUAGGUUUGGUUUUGCCUGUGUCUGUUAUCUGAGCAUGGUUAGGUUUAUUUCUGUGAAAUGGGUAUUUUGUUGAAGUGUGUAUGCUUUGCUUUGGCAUUGGGAAGCAAUUUCCUAUCCUUUCAGGGAGGAGUUAGGCAUGGGGGAAAAUAGCCUGAGUAGCAGAAAUGCUGUGUAGUUUUUCCCACAGCUGUACUUUUAUUUAGUUUCUGAAGAAACUGAAGUGGGAAGCCUAUUCCUUAAUUUUUUUUGCUUCAAACUGUAAUUGGAUCUAACAUCAUUGAAAUGCUUUUAUAUGGAAAGAAAAGUGAUCCCUGCUGGUAAAAACAGAUAUGCUAGAGAAAUGACUAAGCUAGAGAGAGCCUUUCCUACAAGAUCUAAUUUAUUACAUAUAAAUAUUGUGUGUUUGUGUGUGUGUAUGCACCUUUUAAUUUUAAAAAGAGCAGCUGACCUGGAGAAAUGUUCCAACUAAUUCAGUAUCUUGCUUUUUCACAGAUGCCUUUGAGAAUCUCAAAGGUCAAGAUAUAGCAAUAGCAUCCUUUUCACUUCUCAGGACCUAAUACUGAGAGAAAUAGUUAAGAUGAUAAAUCAUUGUUUUGAUCUUAGUCAUUCUGUCGUGGGCUCUCGGGAAUGUUUUCCUCCAACUAAAUUAGUUUAUGUAUAUAGUUUAUUUGGAAAUAUAUUCAUAACUGUAAUGGGGAAGUGUUAGUCACAACUGUCUCAUUGAUUUCUCUCUCUCUAGUUAACCCUCAGUUUGUUCUCUUUAAAAUUGAAUGAAAGGAGGCAGAGUCAGUAUACUGUGAAAUGCUAAACUGGAAUUUAAAAACAGUUGUUAAUUUCUCAUGAAGGAUCUACAAGUUAGAGCUAAAUAGUGUCUCUCAUAGGAUUUUCUGCAAGAUCCUAGUAUUUUCAGUGUUAUGUCCUGCAUGAGUAUUCAUUUUGGAGGGCAGAACUGACCCAUAUUUUUAAAUGACUUGUCUCGUUGGAUUUCCAGAGAGAGUGCAUUCAGUUUUUUUUAUCUACUUGAAUGCAACCACAAGUUACUGGCUUGGCAAAUCAAAGGUAUGGUGCUUUUAUGUAUUUUUGUUUAAUCAAUAACAAUUUAUGAUUGUUCUAGUUAGUUCCCUAAGGGACAACAUAAUAGAACAGGGUUUGGUCUCUCCUCCAACUCUUCAUGAGCAGAUACUCACACUGGCUAGUUAUGCUGGCUUUUUAUUUUUUCUCAACAUAAGGUAAGAAGAGUUUGCUUUGCACUCUUGUUCUUUGCUUGCUAGUUCCUGAAGUGUUUUACUGGAAAUAGAAGCUUUGGCUGCUCUUCAGUUGGUUUGCACCUGCUACUUAAUCCCUUCAGCACCUGGAGCAGUAAACAGCCUUCCUGGCUUGCCGCAACAAUUAUUAACUUUUAGUGCAGCUGUUGCACUAGUCAUAUGCCAGGAUAAUGCUAACAGAGCCACCAGACCAUUCCAGAGUGUUUAACUAUCAACUAUGAAAAAAAUUCUAUGUAAGUUAGUUAUCAUACAAGCUAUGAGUAGAAUAGAGAUUUGAAACUAUUGCACAUGUUGCAAGUUCUGGCCUAUUGCCUGUUUUGCUCCAAAGCUGAAUCCCACAAAAGCACUAAAGAUUUUUGUAAUGCAAAAAAGUAAAAGGUUCAAAAUAUAAACAGUUGGAUUGUAUUUAAAAAUAAACCAUUUAAAUAUACAAUCCUAUCACAAAUAACAUUUUAAACAUUUAAAAUCGAGGAUAAGCUACUUGAAAUAUGGUGGAAGAGCAAAAAGGAAGAAAGUCAUUGUUCGUUGCAGAAUCAGGUAUAAAAAAAGCUGGGCUCACCCUGAAGAAGACAAAAGAAAUAAAUAUUUGGAUGGCUAUUACAUUAAAUCCUACAUCUGUAGCCUUCACAAUAUCUCUUUAGAUUUUAUAUAAAUGUGUACAUCUUGAUUUCAUGUUUCCCUUUUGUCAGAUGGUGGUUGAGCAAAAGUGAGAUACAAACCUUUGAAGUCUCUGUGGGAUAUUUUGCAUUUCAGUCUGAUGAUCAGUGCAGAAUUAGAAGUGAAAGCAACUUCUAUGGCAAAUUUAAAAAGGAUUGCACUGUCAUUCCAUUGCAUUCUCUUCUCCAGUAGUAGGGACACCAUCACAACAUGCUUUAUAUGAACCCCUUUUGCAUAUAUAAGGGAAGUAAGGGAUCAGAGAACUACCGUAUAUACUCGAAUAUAAGCCGAUCCGAGUAUAAGCCGAGGUCCCCAAUUUUACCCCAAAAAACUGGGGUAAACUGGGGACUCGAGUAUAAGCCGAGGGAGGGAAAUGAGGCAGCUACCGGUCAGGGAAAGCCUCCCUCCCUCAGCCGAGAAGGCUGGCGGCUCCCCCGCCCCCCCCUCUCACUGCACCGGCAGGGCUUCCCCCCGCUAAUGCAAAAGCCCGCCAAGUUUGCACCAUCCGGUAUAAUGUGAAAAAAAGAAGAAAAAAAAAACACUCGAGUAUAAGCCGUAUAUACUCGAGUAUAAGCCGAGGGGACGUUUUUCAGCACAAAAAACAUGCUGGAAAAACUCGGCUUAUACUCGAGUAUAUACGGUAUUCUAUUUACAUAAGCAUUUUAAUGGUUUGAGACAAAAAUGUUUAAUACUGUUUCCCAUGAGUACUAUCCUUGCAGUUUUUAGGAAAAGAAACAAUGCCUUCCAUCUUUGGUAGCCCUGUGGCAUUUCAUUUCCCACUUAAUCUGUAUGUCCUUUUCUGCUAGACAACUUGAAUGUCAAAAUUAGUACUGUCUGAUAUAAAUUUAUAAGGAUCCCAGACUGACCCAUUCCUUAAUUAACUUGUCAAUAUUAUCUAUUAUUUUUCAUAUAUAUUUCUUUUCCUUUUUCAAAUUGCUUACAUACAAUCAUAGUAAGAGCUUUUAAUCUUUCUAUUGUUUUUCCCAAAACAGGUUUCUUAUUUUUAGCCAAUCAGUUUCCUAUAUUACAAAUAUUUUGAAAGAAACUCUCCUCACUUAGAGAGUUACGAUAUACUGGUAAUAAGUUCCAGACAAGAUGAGGGAUUCAUAUGUUUAAACUCUUUCUUCAACCAUAUUUUCUUUUCAGAAAUUGUUUUAAGGCUUUGUUGCCAACCAAUUGUUGUGGCAUCCUCCCUAGUUCUUAUUUUCCAUUUCAGGGCAAAAUUACAGAUUUCUUCUGUUAGACUCUUAUGAUAUAAAUAUUCAGUGAACAGAAGAAAGUGAUUCUAUGAUCUGGGUUCAGAGUAUAUACUAUAAUAUGGGUGCUGUGUAGCGAUGGGUUGCUACCGGUUCGCCCCAGAUUGGGCUCCGCCCACCUGUCCGGAUGCUUCUGCGCAUGCACAGAAGCAUCACACACACACACACACAAGCAAACCGGUAGUGACGGGUUUUGAAACCCGCCCCUGGCACUGUGGUUAAUACAAAUGGCUGUUGUGGGUGCUGGUUGAUAAGAAGAUGCAGGAGCACUCAAGUUUCUUGCUGGACCUUUUAAUUCCAGGUUAAGCUGAACUAGCUUUCUUACCAGUUUUACUUUUAAGGCUGAAACCCCCCCCAUUUAUCUUAGUGAAAGAAAAACCUAUUUAAAUAAUUUUAAAAUGUAUGAAAAGGUUCAAAAAUUUAACAAUACUUUAUGAACAAUGCUGCCCAUGACGUAGCUUUCUGGAGCUGUAUUUAAAAGUAGCAAAAACCCAUGGUGUGUGUCUGUGUGUGUGUUUGUGAACGUGUAUGUAAAUACAUGCACAGUUUAAUCUAGCUUAAGGACAUAAAAUUGGUAUUCAGUAGUAGCAGUUCUGAAUUCAACUGCAACUGAAAACAGCACAGGAGAGCUAAAAGUUUGAAUUGAGGUAGUAUCACACUUCGAAUGAAAAGAAGUAUCUUUCCUUUUUGAAUGGUUUUAUCUCAAUAGGAACUAGAGUUCUCUUCAGCAGAGGGCUUGCUAAUUUUUUUUUUCUUUUUGAAGGGAGAAGAACUCUUGUGGGGUGUUAGUUUUAUAUUUCAUAUGGCUGUACUGUAGUUCUAGGAAGCUUUAAACAAAUUGAAAUAUACUUUUGGAGAAAUUAAUUCUUAGACUUGUUCAGAUGCUAAUUCUGACUGCUGAGGCUGUUUUGAAAAACUUCAGCUGAGAUGAACAUUUUUGUAGUUCAUCUGUGUGUGAGUGUGUGCAUGUGUGAGGGGGAGGACAUGUGUGUGCGCGUGCAUUUCUCUACAAAUAUAUUAGAGUUACUGCAGAAAUUGACUGAAAACAGUUUACUUCUCCUGCAGUAAUAUUUCAAUAUUUUAGUAUACCCUUUUUCUACCAAAAAAAAAAGCAAUGAAAACCUAAACUAGCAGUUUUAAAAAUAUUUUAUAUUAGUUUGUAAUGUAUAUUCUUACAUUAUCACAGUGCUGGUAUGAACUACUUUUUUGUAAUAUUUUUGUGAAUCACAAAGCUUUUGUUUCCCUUCUGUGUAUUCAAAGUACAUUAAACCUGUUUGCAUAUUGUG